AUGCUCUUGAGCGUGGCGCAAAGGUUGCUGGAGCGCAACCUCCUGCCCGACUGGGUGAUUCGAGCAGGCAUACGCAAACUCCUCCGUGAACGGCUCGCGGAGCUGUACAGUCCACUCCCAGGCGUUCGUCCUGGAUCGGAGCCUGAAACUUCUCUCGUAACGAUUAUCGCCGACAAAGAAGAGUUGUUUCUUGAGGACUUGCAUAGACGCAGUUCCAUCGCAGAGCACACGACUGCUGCGAACGAGCAGCACUACGAGGUACCCAGUGCGUUCUUUGAACUCGUGCUCGGACCACGCCUCAAGUACUCCUGCGGGUACUUUGCGUGCCGCGGCACCGGAUCUCUGGCUGAAGCAGAGGAGGCUAUGUUGGCGCUCACAUGUGAACGCGCUGAGCUCGCUGAUGGUCAGUAUGUUAUGGACCUGGGGUGUGGAUGGGGCUCGCUCAGUCUCUACCUCGCCGAGCGCUAUCCGAAUAUGCGCAUCGUUGCAGUGAGCAACUCCAAGUCACAACGGGCUUUUAUUGAGAACCGCCUUGAGAGCGCCGGUUGGACUACCAAAGGUGAAUCGAACCCGCGAAUCCAGGUGCUUACUGCGGACAUCAACGACUGGGACGGCCCCAGCAAUGUGUCGGCGGGUGCCGCUUUCGAUCGCAUCGUGAGCGUCGAAAUGUUUGAGCAUAUGAAGCAGUACGAUAGACUGUUGGCAAAGAUCGCGGGUUGGUUAAAGCCGGACGGACAGGGCAAGCUCUUCAUCCAUAUCUUUGUUCACCGUGCUGUGCCGUACCACUUCGAGGCGACCAGUGAAGCGGACUGGAUGGCUCGGUAUUUCUUUACAGGCGGUACCAUGCCAAGCGAUAGAUUGCUGUAUCGUUUCCAAGAGCACUUGUUACUGGAGCGCAAAUGGAGUGUCAACGGCAUGCACUACGCGAACACCGCGGAGCACUGGUUGAGCAACAUGGACCGCAAUCGUGAAGCGGUUAGAAAACUCUUUCGGCAAGUCUAUGGAAGCGAAAGGGAGGCGAUCCGAUGGGAGGCCUACUGGCGAACCUUCUUCAUGGCAUGUGCAGAACUCUGGUCCUAUCAAGGAGGUGACGAAUGGUUCGUUGCGCACUAUCGCUUUCGAACGCGUUUGUGUUCUCGCUAA